AUGAGAGAUUAUAAACUAGUAGUAUUGGGUGCCGGUGGUGUUGGUAAGUCGUGUCUUACUGUACAGUUUGUACAAGGUGUCUAUUUAGAUACUUAUGAUCCUACUAUUGAAGAUUCUUAUCGUAAAACGAUAGAGAUAGAUAAUAAGGUUUUCGAUUUAGAGAUUCUAGAUACUGCUGGUGUAGCACAGUUCACAGCUAUGCGUGAAUUAUAUAUAAAAUCAGGUAUGGGAUUCUUAUUAGUUUAUUCUGUCACUGAUAAACAAUCAUUAGAUGAAUUGCUGGAAUUAAGAGAACAAGUGUUGAAGAUUAAAGAUUCUUCAAAAGUACCAAUGGUUUUAGUAGGAAAUAAAGCAGAUUUGAAAAAUGAAAGAGUUAUUAGCGUGGAGGACGGUAUUGAAGUUAGUAGUACAUGGGGUAAAGUUCCAUUCUAUGAAACAAGUGCAUUGUUAAGAAGUAACGUUGAUGAAGUAUUUAUUGAUUUAGUAAGACAGAUUAUAAGAGAUGAAAUGGAAAAUGUUGCGAAUAAUAAUAAUAACUUAAAAAAAAGAAAACCAAGUAUACCAGCCUUAAAAUCUGGUGCAAUUAAUUCUAAUAACAUUAAUAAUUCAUCAAGAUCAUCUCAAAAGCAUAUUUCAGGAAAUUCACAUGCUAAUACAAUUAAUAGAAUAGCUACAAAUGGUAGUAACAUGCUUAAUAUUAGCAAUGGUAACUUAUCAAACGACAAUGGAAAUCCAAGACAGGGUUCUCCAUCAAGACCAAAAUCUUUACUUUUCCAAAAUAAUGGAAACAAUCAACCUAAUCUUCAACAGCAAAAUGGUGGUACAACUCAAGGGAAACAAAGACAAAUGCAAGAGACUAAAGUUCCAGUUGCAACAAACUCAAAUAAAAACCAACAGGGUAAAACAAACACCAAAGGUAGUUCACCAAAUAAAAAUGGUAAAAAUCCAAAGGAGAAAAAGAAGAAGAAAUCUUCAUGUAACAUUUUAUGA